AACGACACGACACACAGCGACACAGAGCAGCUGCACACUUCAGCCUCAGGCACUGGAUGCGUUAUUACACUUUCUAGAUAUUUCAUCCGAUAGCUAUUUAUUGUUGUUGUUUUUAUAUAUAUUGCUUGUGUAGUUCAAUAGAGCUCAGCUGAUUUCAUAUUCGUGGAUUCCUGAUUCCUCAAAUGGAUUUUCCUCCAGAGAUCAGUGUUUUUAUUCUGUCUCUGACAGCACCUUUUAUUCUCUACACAAUCAACCAUGUGCCCUUCCUACAAGAUCCACAGGUUAUACUAGCAAUAGGCAUUAUGGUUCUUACAACGAUAUUCCUCCUGGCAAACCGCAGCGUCAAGAGUACAAAAUCCACCGACCCGCUCUACUACGUGUUUGCUGUGUUUUCCUUCACCUCUGUUGUCAGCAUCACCAAUGCACUGCAGCACCACGGAUUUAUCAAGGGCUUCAUGGACUUUUAUAUAAGCAAGGUUAGAUCUCUCUCUCACACACACACUCACCCUCACACACACACACACACACACACACACACAAUGACCUGUUACUUGAGAUGUUGUGCUGUUGGUUUCUCUUCAUACAGCAAGCCGUUUCGCAGUUUGGCUCUCGUUUGGGCCGGAUCCAUGAUCGCCAGUCAGAUCGUCUUAAUCACAGGCGUUGUAGUAGGUAAAUAUGGAAAAAACCUCCCUGCUUUCUGGAGAAACGCCCCUUCUCUGGUUUUACCCAUAUGGGCGGCGGCAAAGCUUUUCAACAGGCCGAGAGAGCUGUCAAUCAUUCCUGCGGACAAGGUGAAGUUCCAGAUGAUUGACAGCACAGUAUUGAUUCAAUCCUCUAAGAUCCACAUGCAGUGGACUCACCUGGGCGCGUCUGUUCACUCGCGCACACCGUUCACCUACAGGAUCCCCAAAGACGAGUGGAGGCAGGUGGUCACGCUGAACCUGCUGUACACAGCCGUGCCCGUCCUCCUCGCCGUCCGCUGCUACAUGGACCAGACCUUCUUCAUGAAGAGUGUUCCUCAGGAGCAGGCCAGCAACGGCAAGAAGAAGAAUUAAAACCCUCAGCAUUCACACGCUAGAACAUGCAUGCGUCCUCUUUACAGGAGAGAGACUCCGCUGUCAGCUGAAACCACCAGGGAUUAUUUGUAAAAGCAUCAAUAUAUCAGUGACUAUAUCUGUAUCUACCAAUAUUAGUGGUUUUGAAAUGUCCAGCGAAGCCUUUCCGUCUGAUUAGGCUGGUCCCAGCUAACAAAAAUAAGUUCUAAGACAUUUCGCUAACAUUCCCAUUCAUGUUCAAAACGUCCAGUUACAAAUGUUACGUUAAUGGAACAUUCCAUUGUAUCACUUUGCAACAUUAAGGAAAUGUUACUUUUGAAUGUUCUAUGAAAACAGAAAAAAAAAGUUAGACACUACAAAGUUCCAUUAACGAUAUAUAACUAACGUUUUUGUGCUAACAUUUUGAUAACAUUGUUAAAGACCAGAACAUUUUGAACAUUUUAUUAACGUUACUGCAAGAACGUUUUUUUCAUAACAUUGAGAGAACCUUUUCAGAACGUUCCGAGAACAUUCCCUGUUAUUGUAAGCAGAUUCAAGUAUUUGGCCGUAUUUUUUCCAAUUCAA